AUGGCAUCCCUAGCCUGGGUCAUCACCAUAUCCAUCUCAACCAUGCCGUACGCUGAGACGGCAAUAAUAUGGUUGCACGAUAACUUCACUAACAAGGUCGGGCUUGAUGAUCUUAGCGAUGACGCGAAGACGUAUACUAACAAUGAAGGAGGAAAGAAGUUUCACGCCGUGAUCGGCUCCGCUGGCUACACUCCGUUCUUCUUCCAGGGCAAGCUUUUCGUGCUACAGAAGACUGAAGAUGACAAUAAUGGUGGUUGGGAUUCAAAUCAUGGUACUGUGAGGCUACGAUGUCACUGGGGAAGCGUGCAACCGGUCGAGGUUCUAUUCAACGCAGUGCACAAGGACGCAAAGCCGCAAUCUACACAAGUCGACAUCACGUAUGUCCAAGGAGGAAACAAGAAUCAGACCUAUACGGAUAGGAAGCGAUCCCUGCAAACCGUUCACCUUGUUCCUUGUCCUGGGCCUACAGAUCCAAAGGCUAAAGAGGAGCUGAUCAUGGAUCUCCAGGACUUCUUUGAUGAAGAUACGGAAGACUUCUAUCAACAGAACGGAAUGCCGUACCGAAGGGGCUAUAUUUUUCAUGGACCAUCAGGGACUGGCAAGACCAGCUUUGCCAAAGCGCUGCAUUGUUGUCUUCGAGGACAUUGGCAAAAUGAAUAUCGUUCGAGAGCGUCCAAUGGUAACGUUACCAGCAACUCCUCAGUCACACCAGACGACAGCAAUACUGUAGUCUCGUCUUUGGCCGCAUCCAACGCCAGUGUCAAGGAGGUCAAGCUUACUGGUUUGCUUAAUUUAUCAGAUGGCCUGGGUUCGAAAGACGGGCACUUCGUCAUCAUCACUACCAACGCGCCCAAGACCUUGGAUUCAGCACUAUAUCGAGCAGGUCGAAUUGACAUGCAAGUGUACCUGAGGUACAGCGCCAAAUUUACCACUGCCGUUACGUUUAUGUGGAUUUUCAAUAACAACAAGUGCAACAAGCUGAGCGAGGCCCAGCUUGCUAAGAUGGCAACGCGCGUCUGUAACAUUGUACCGAAGAACUUCCUGACACCCGCAGAGGUCCUCCUAUUCUGCAUGAAACGUCGAGGUCAAGCACCAAAGGCUCUACGGGAAGCGAGACAAGAAAAUCAGCUGGGCGAGAACAAGACUGAUCAGGGUAAUGUUGAGGCGGAAUUUGCAACGCAGCACCCGGCACGAGACCCAGAGAAGCUCCAUCUCGCUGGUAAUGAGUCCGAUGACGAAUUCGACGGCCUUGCAUAUGACCGUGACUACACGCACUUAUACGGAGAUGGCGUGGGUGACCGAAUCGAAGGUCACCUAGCGUUACCUUUGCGCGAGCAACAACCAGUUGACAAAGGCCCAACUGUCGUAGACCGCACGUCUGCAUCUUCAACGAACACGUUCUACACCGCGCUGUUUUUGGGAGAGCAGACCGAGGAGGGCUUCCAGCGCUCCGCUGAGUCAGAAGCAGAACAAAAUCCUUAGGAAGAUGAGACGCGCGAGAACAUCCAGGCCGUGGAUCCACAUCCCGUUCAGGAUGAAGCGCCGUUUUGGGAGUGAGACUCGAAGUUCCGAAGCUUGCAGAGACGGGUUAUAGGGCGGUCAAGCGAAGGAUGUUUGUUACUGCCAUUGUAUUCGAUUGAGUGACACCAACUUCUGCUGUAGGUGUAUAUCGACGGAAACCUUUGCCUAAGUAAGCAAAAACAUCAACUUAUUGUUCUCUUCUUUUUCUUCUGUUCGUUGAGAUCAUGGUUCAUCAAAUGCUUCCCAUCGCAUGUAUGGGUCAGCUCUAAUGAAGGAUGAAAUCCGCGACACUAUCUUAGUCCGUUGCGGCUG